AUGAGGAACAUUGCCGCGAUAUGUGUGGCGAUGGCCGGUCUUCUGGCCCCCAUCGCCCAGGCUGCCUGCGAAUGCGGUUAUGCAGCCAAUAUCACAGGUACAGUCGAGGUUUUUACAGACCUGAUCGAGACCGACUUCACAAAGGUAAAGGAUAUCAGGAACAACACCGACUGGGUGCGGCAGGACUUCAACAAGACCAACGCGAAUGCAAGGGGGCCUCUGGGGGAGAAGUUCGCACCCACCAACGUCGCCACCUCAUACAAUGCAGGCUCAGGUUCUUUCGCAUCGACCAAGAUGAAUGCCGGUCUUCAGCUUCUCGUAGAGAGCGAAACAGUAGAUGGACUAGUACCGGGCGCAGAGAUUGACUCGGCUCGGAAUGAUCUACAAUACGGUUCCUUCCGGGCUAUGAUGAAGGUCCCUGAUGUUCCGGGGACGUGUGCUGCUUUCUUCUGGUAUUAUAAUGACACCCAAGAGAUUGACAUGGAAUUCCUCACGAGAGAGUUCAAUGCGGCAAACAACUCGUAUCCUGUCAACAUUGUUCUGCAAUCGCGCGAGUCCCUGGAGAAGGGCUACGACGCUACAGGAACAGGAAAUUUCAUCAAGGCAAACCUCGGCUUCAAUCCUACUACUGGCUUUCACGAGUACCGCAUCGACUAUCUUUCCGAUGAGGUUAUCUUCUACGCCGAUGGGGUCAUAAUCGGAAGCAUGAACGGCAGUGCCGUGCCUGUCGAGGGUGGCCACUUGAUUCUCCAGCACUGGAGCAACGGAAAUCCUCUCUGGUCUGGCGGUCCGCCCAAGAAGGACGCAAUUCUUGCAGUGGCUUCUGUCAAGGCCUAUUUCAACUCAUCCCUUGACUCUCGCAAGGCCGACCACCAGGCUCGUUGCGUCGAUCUCUCAGCACCCGACGCCGUCUGCACCAUACCCAGCGACCCUUCCUUUUUCUUUACUGCUCAGACGAACAUGACCAACAACCAGACCGUGUCAGGACAGCCCAGCCCUGAUGGUCACGAGGACCACGGGGGUCAGCAAGGUUCUGCCUCGGCAGAGACUCCUUCAUGGCCUCUGCUUGUCAGCCUGUUGUUCAUUGGUGUCUGGUUCAUCUGA